GUGUAUUUGCGAUUCCUUUAAACAUUUAUAUAUAGCCGAAAGUAGCAAAACUUUGAGACCAAUUGUACUUUCGGAUAGGGCGAUGGCGUCUAGCAAAAAUCUUCAGGAUCGAUUAAUCGAACUGAUACUAAAGGAAGAUUUUGCAGGCCCUGUCGAAAAUCCAAACGAUAAGACCAAUGCACCCACUUCUACUCCGCCCGAUAAGUUUGUCAAAUUGACAAUGCGAAAGGUAGGAAUGAAAUUAGUUCCGGUAUUAGAGAAGGUACCUUUAGAGGGGAUAAUGGAGCGAUUUAAUCGAAGCGUGGAAUUAAUCGCCGAAGACCCUGAACCUAGCGAUGAGUUAGUGCGAGAACUCAUGAUGUCGACUUCGGUACUAAAAAAUUUAAAAGUGACAAGUUCGAUUCACGUCGAUAAAUUACUGCGUGUACUUCACUUUGUGGAAUUGAAAAUGCAAAAGGCCGAUCACGUUUCGGUGAGAAGCGAAAGAGAUACACGACUGGUAAUGACAGCCGCCGAUUCGUGCCUCGUCGCCCUUUUUAUAAUGACCUCCCCGAAAAUGCCAAAGCGGGUGUACUUGGAGGAUGUCAUUGAUAAAGUUGUGUCUUUUAUCAAGUUUCAACUUCACAGUUCAGUUUUUCCAGAAUUUGAUUGUACACUCAAAGCCCAAGUCAACAGAGUGAAGAAGUCUCCACAAGCAGCAAAAAUAUGCGCGCCUUUGUAUAAUAAAAUAAUCAAGCUUGUACAUUUGCUUGCGGAACUGAUCGAGAUACAAGUCUUAACUGACAGUUUAUUAGUUGACGUGUCUUCGGUUGCUUUACCGACGUUUUUUGUGCAAAACGUCGCAGAAUUACAAUCUGCCUGUCUAACGCUUGCUCUUAACAUCUCUGCUCGUUAUGAGAGUCAACGGACAGUAUUUUUAAAUGACAUUUUAACGUCGACUGUUUGGUUACCAGUAACCAAACGUGGUUUAUUGAAGUAUGAGUUGAGGGAAGGCGGUGACAUUCAGAUAAUGACGGCUUUGGUUCUGCAACUGAUACAGAGCGCGCCUGGGCUUUCGUCAGAAGCCUCGGCUAGAAAAAUUACCGACGGCUAUAAGAAAGCGACAUCAUUGGCCCAAACGUUCCUAGCUACAUUUUUGAGUAGCUGCGUGAGUAAAAGUAAAGAUUAUUCCAACCUCUUCGAGAGUUUUCUACAAGAUUUGUGGUUGACUGUGGGUAAGCCAGACUGGCCUGCUGCGGCGUUGCUACUAAAUAUACUGGGGAAAAUCUUAGUCAAGCAUUUGUUAGAUAAGAACGUUGAGGUAGCUGUGCGAAUCCUGUGUUUGGAUUAUUUAAGUCUGAUUGUCACUCGUACGAUUCGAGACUCUGCAGUUGGCAACGCUAAAAUUACUAAACUUGGUCAGUUGAUCAAGGACACGAAACAGUCGGAAGCUGAAAGCAUCGAGUGCUUACAAUUUUUGCUAUUGGACUACUUAGCGCUUACUGCUCAGGAACAUAAGACCAUAAUGUAUGUGCGCCAUUUUUACAUUGCGCAGUGGUACACGGACCUGAAUGGGCCAAGUGCUCAAAAACACAAAGGCUAUUUUGAGAACAAAAUGAAACGUUUAAGCAUCCCUCCCUACUCCACAAUAAACUACAAUAAAGCUGAGACUAUUUCAAAAUAUUUAGCCUCAAAACACACCACAAACACUAGCUCCGAUCAAUAUCUUAAAGCAAUUGUUCUCGUAAGGAGCGACGCGUCAAUGGCUCUACGUACGAAAGUUUUAAAGUGCCUCGCAAAGAUUCUGACAGCAGACCCUUCUUUGUUAGAGUGUCACGACGUACAGAAGGCCAUAAAUUCUAGUUUUCUCGAUCAGUCUGCUUCCGUCAGAGAGAUGGCGCUCGAUUUAAUAAGCCAAAUUGUAGUUUGCAAACUGCAGUUCGUUACCAAGUAUUACGAAAUGCUCUCUGCCAGAAUAUUAGAUUCGGCGGUGAGUGUACGAAAACGGGUGAUCAAAAUAUUUAGGGAUAUCUGUGUUGAAUUGCCGAACCUUCCGUGCGCCGCAGAGAUUUGCCUUAAAAUAGUUAGGAGGGUGAACGACGAGGAGGGCGUUCAGAAAUUGGUGGUGGAGGUGUUCAGAAGCAUAUGGUUCACUUCUCUUGCGUUCACGUCUUUGGCUAAGAUUGUUAGUAAGAUCACUGAUGUUGUUGCGAUAUCUAAGCAGGUUGAAUUGGGGUACUUGGAACGAGUGUUGUGUAUGUUGCUUCAGCCGAGUGCAAAACCAUCAAAUGACCUACUUCUUACCGCCCAACAAAUUGUGGAUAGUCUGAUCGGAACCGUUUCGGACUUUGAAAACAAUCCUCAGCGUGCAGCUAUCAGUUUAACCACGUGUUCCCUGUUUGCAAAAGUUAGACCCGAAUUACUAGUAGAGCACGCAAACAUCUUAUUGUCCUGCUUGAGCCUAAGGUCCCAGUCAAACGAAGCGACUCUUGUAAUAAUUCAAGCAAUCAAAAUACUGGAGUUAAUCGUGCCGCUGAUAGAUCGGACGAACAAGAAUUUUUUAGACGAACUAGAAGCGGACUGUAUGAAUUUGAUUCUUCAACGCGAUCGAGCUAUAGUGGCCACUUGCCUGUCGUGCUUCGGCUGCUUACUUAACAACGUAACGCGAAAUUUUAAACUAGUCCGAGACCUAUUUCACUCGUACUACACUUACUUGAGCCAAAUCAAAACGUGGAUGUGUAACGAGAAUCGGGACGAUGCUCUGGCCGACCCCAAACGAAGACAGUACUUUCGGCGCGCCUUGUUUACGGUGGGGCUGCUGUUGAGGCAUUUCGAUUUUAAAAAUCCCGAAGUGAGGGGCGAGUUGGAGCACAACGUCGAGCAGUCCGUGUUUGAGUUGUUCGCGUUUUUCCUAACGUGCUGUGAUCAAGACACCCAGGCGAAUACCUUAAAGGCUGUCGGUUAUAUUUGCAUCAGAAACUGCGAGUUUAUGUUAAGUGACGAUUUGAAAUCUGUUUAUCUGCGUAUACUAGCAACGGAAAAUGCUCCAUUAGACAUGAAGUCUGAAGUCUUGAAUAACAUUGAGAUGUAUCUACUCGCGGAGGAGGAGCAGAUGAUGCGUCACGAUCUGGAGUGGGCGAGACAAUCUAAAAGAGAAAGUUUGAAAGAAAUGCACGAUGUAUCAUCGGGUAUGGCGAGCACAAUUAUUCAAUCUUACUUGAAGGAAAUAUUACGAGGGUACCUUCAUCCGAGCGUUCAGGUCCGUCUGCCUUCGAUUAGAGUAAUUCAGUUAGUCCUGCGGCAAGGUUUAGUUCAUCCAAUUCACAUGGUACCGUACUUAAUCUGCAUGAGUACGGAUUGUGAACUCACUUUCUCGCAAAGUGCUGACAAACAAUUGCAAGACUUAGAACGCAGAUAUCCAGGCUUGGUGCACAGUAAGUCAUCGAUUGGCAUCAACCUGUCGUACGAGCUGCAGAAGACGUUGCAAAAGUCGUCCACGUUAGUGCGCGGAUUUCGGGAGGUGAAAGACGAGCAUCCAGUUGCGUUAAACGGAUUUUUGUACUCGAUCAUUAGACAUUCUCGCCAACAGCGACGUGCCCUAGUUAAGAAUAUGCUAAAGCAGUUUGACGAAGAAUUGCACGUCCCUCUUUCGUUUCUACUGUUCUUGGCCGACAAUCUCGCAUACUUCUCCUAUGUGGUUGAAGAUGAGAUUUUAUUUCUGGUACAUCAUAUUGAUGUUGUGGUCUCGUUAGCGGGAGGAAAUAUUUUGCAGUCGUUUAAAAAGGGGUUGACAGGAGGACACGAAUUUAAUAAUAAUUCCGUCUGCAGCAUUGAAGAUGAUGAUGACAAUGAGGCGAAAGUGCUAGCAGAGCAUAUGCCUGAAAACACGUCACAUCUAGAGGAUUGUUUGUCGGCUGCGCAAGGCUGCUUGUUGUUGUUGUCAUUAAAACAGCACCUUAAAGACUUAUAUGGGAUUACAGAUGGCACAAUUCACGAGUAUUCUCAGCACCUUAAAGACUUAUAUGGGAUUACAGAUGGCACAAUUCACGAGUAA